AUGAAGAAGGUGAAGGCAGUUUGGUCCUCCACCUCCUCGAUGGAUUGGAUCUCUUUCUGCCACCGGGCUAGGCAAAGACAUCAAACUAUCUACUUACAAAAAGCUAUCAGGCUACGAUUGAUUCGUACCUAUACGGUACCCGAAGGUCGCAACAGUUCUGAUAGCAUCAAGAGUCAGGAGUGUGUCUUUCAUGACAGUGAGGGUACAUACAUUCAUGGGAACAUCCCUAAAGACUGCGUGGAAAAGUAUUCUAAACUUUUAAAAGAAGGGAAGGUGUAUGCCAUCAAAGAUUUUGUAGUUAUAUCCCACUACUACCAAUACAAAACUACUGAUCACAACUACAUGAUCAGAUUUAGUCAUGAGACUAUUGUUGAGAGACACAGGCGCAAGGGUUUUCCCUUACUAAUGUUUCGGCUUAAGUCUUAUACUGACUUAAUGAGUGGCAAUGUGUCUGAAAAGCAUCUCAUUGAUGUGAUUGGUAGAGUGGUGGAGUACUAUAGUCCAAAAGAGAUUCUUAUAGCUGGAUUUCCUUCGAAAUUGGUGGAUUUUCUCAUAGAAGAUGGCCAUUUGAAAGUUGAUACCAGGCCACCUCUAAGUGUGCAAACUGUGUCUCACAUUUCCUAUGGAAGUGCUGCAGAAAGUUCAAAAUUUCCUAUUAUAGUUACUACUAUCGAGGAUCUGUAUGAAAGAGCCGAGGAAGGCUACUACUGGGUUCCUGGAAGGAUUGUUUCUGUGGAGAGUACUACAAAUUGGUAUUACCAUUCAUGCAGGAGUGAGGGAUGCUUUAGAAAAUUGCACUUGAAGAGUGGGGCUCUACAAUGCCUAAAAUGUGGCACAACAUGGCAGGAGGGAAACCUAAGGUACAGGAUGAUUGUGAGGGUAGGAGAUAAGACCACUGAUGCUCCUUUUCUGUUGUGGGACAAGGAGUGCUGCGAAAUUGUUGGAAAGACUGCAUUUGAUCUAAGGAGCAAAUACUCUAAGGAUGGGUCUCCUCUCCCAACUGGUAUGGAAGAGGUCCGUAAUAAGGCUAUGGUCUUCAAGAUUUCUGCUAAGAAUGAUCACUUCAAGAAUAAAGCAAUAGCUAUACCUGUGGUUGCAAUAGCACAUGAUUCAGACUUAGUUGAUCAUCACUGCCCCUGUUUAAGUGAUGAUCAAGAUCAGCUAUCAAGAAUGCUAAAUGAAGAUGAUCAAGAUGCAGAGUCUGAUGAAUCUGAAUCGGGUAAUGAGGCAAGCAGUCCCAAUCCUAUUCAGGCUAAGAAGCAAAAGCUGGAUGAACAAGAAGAGCCACUAGAGCCAGUGUCAUCAAAGAGGAACUUACUUGAUCAAUUUUCAUCCAGUAGAGAUGCAAAGAAAACAAAGGUUGUUUUGGUUAAACAGGAGAAAAGUUAA